AUGGCUUUCUACUCGCAAGAUAAUGACAUUUUUUGCUUAUGUCUAGGCUUUGCAUUUUUCGUUUCUGACAGUUUCGGUUGCAAUUCUUUAUUGCGACGGGGCACUCCUUACGAAGCAUCUUCAGCUGAAAGUGGGCGGUAUUGUAGCAUAAAACGAUUACCGUAUUUCAAAAUUAGUCGAGGGCCACUUAUUUGGAGAGACGAGUUUGAUCACUUGGACUACAGCAAAUGGACUCCAAUGAUUAGCGGCUGGCGUGGAAGCCAUGCGUUUCAAAUAUAUGUCAACCGCAGCCAAAAUGUCUACGUUCGCGACGGUAAUUUGUUCAUCAAACCGACAUUCACAGCCGACCGCUACGGUCCCGAGUUUCUUUACAAUGGGACGAUCGAUUUAACUCUUGAAGGAUGCAACGUCAACUGGGGAGGGGGAUGCAUUGUAAAAUCCGGUGCCGACAUAAUUCAGCCUAUUCAAUCCGCGCGGAUUCACACGAAAAACUCGUUCAGCUUCACCUACGGAUUCGUUGAAGUCCGCGCUAGAAUGCCCAAAGGUGAUUGGAUUUGGCCAGCUGUUUGGAUGUCGCCUACCGAAUCCGUCUACGGGAGUAAUCCCCGAUCAGGAGAGAUCGACAUAACAGAAGUUAGAAGCAACGUUAAUCUCUCGUGUGGUAGUAAGUCUUACGGAAGGCAACUAAGUGGUACUACGUUACAUUGGGGACCCGAUUCUCAUCAUAACGGUCACAGGCUAACAUAUUGGCAAAAAGUUCAAAGGAAUCCGGAUUUCUCAUCAGAUUUCCAUCUCUUCGCAAUGGAAUGGCUACCGACUGGCUUCAAUUUCUAUGUUGACAAUGACCUAAUCGGAUACGUAACUCCUCCAGAGGGUGGCUUCUGGGAAAUGGGCGGCUUUGAAGGGCAAAAUAUUUGGAACGUUACGGGUAACGGUACCCGCAUCUCCCCUUUUGAUCGUCCUUUUCAUCUUAUCCUGGAUGUUGCGGUCGGCGGGAACAUGUUUCCCGACUGGUGUGUUAACCAACCUUUUGAUCGACCUCUCGAAAAACCUUGGAAAAUGUCCGAUCGCGUUCAGAUGCGGCCAUUCUGGGAGAAAAGAAUGAACUGGUUGCCCACCUGGAACUCAGAAUCAGAGGACAACACUAUGCGUAUUGACUACAUUCGCGUUUAUGCUCUUGAUCAACAUCAUCGUUCUCAUGGGUAGGUUAUGGAAAUAUCGUGUGGCAUGAAAUCCAACACGAAUUUAGUGCUGUCGAAAACAAAUUUUUGGUGCCAAUUGGCGAGAUCAAUAAUAUAAAAUUAAACUAAAGAUAUUAUGACACACGAGUUGAUCACCAAACAAAUAGGUGUAUUUCUGCCUAAUUAUACACAACUCUGUAAAUGAAUCUAAGUGUGACUUACUAGACUUUAUCCGGCAGAUCAUACAAUACAUAUCCGAUAGCUA